AUGAAAACAUUAAAAGAGGCAUUAACCGACGUUUUGUCCUCAUUAAAUAUAGCUGAAAAGAAGGAAAUUUUGAACGUUCUAUACCACAUACUUCAAAAAAUUCUUGAAAACCCUUCACGAGCUAAAUUUAGGUCACUAAAAAAAGACAACAAGACGUUUGUAAAUAAGCUUUUACACUUCAAAGAAUCUGAUGAACUUCUGAAGUCACUUGGAUUUGAGGAAGAAACUGAAAUAUGGUUUUUCCCAGUCAAAAAUGAUCACAAAUUAUCAUCGAACCUAACUGAAAUCCGGGCUUUUAUAAAAGAGCAUGUAAAUACCAUAUAUAAUAACCAGGAGUCUAUCUUUGAAAAUGGCACUUCAAGUUCUUCUAUCCAACUACCUAACGACGCAAAAACGGAUACAGAAAAUACAUCGAAGAUUGAAAAUACUGGUAACAAUUCAGAAGGAUUAACUUUAGGUGGAUUGUCUAAAAGAAGAUUAGAAAAGGAGAGACUAGAGUUGUUAUCACAAAAAGAAAAUACCAUCAAACUUUUAAAAGAACAUGCAGAUAAGUGGAUAAUUCAAAUUACAGGGGCAGAAAACACUCUAUAUUCAAAUGAGACGUUCCAAAUGCAGUUUAAAUUUACAGAAAAGUAUCCAAUAGAGAGCCCGGAAGUAAUUUUCUUAGGGCAACCACCAAUACAUCCACAUAUAUACAGCAAUGGACAUAUAUGUCUUUCCAUUUUAUAUGAUCAUUGGUCUCCUGUUCUUUCAGUUAAUUCAAUUUGUUUAUCUAUUAUAUCUAUGUUAUCAAGUUGUAAAAAGAAAAGAAAACCUCUUGAUGAUAUUCUAUACUGUUCAACAGGACCAAGAAUUUCUCCAAAAAAUAUGAAAUGGAUGUUUCACGAUGAUAAAGUUUGA